UUUCAUCAGUGUGAUUCAUCUUAUUUCAUCAGUGUGAUUAAUGUCUGUCUGUUUUCCUCUGGCCAGAUCGGUUCCUACUUUGGCAGCGUGCUGCAGACGGUGGAUGUGGACAUGGACUCCUACACAGACCUGCUCCUGGUCGGGUCCCCCAUGUACAUGGGCUCCGAGAGGGACGAGCAAGGUCAGGUGUACGUCUUCAAACUGAACAAGGACGGCAAGUUUGAGCCGGAGAUGACCCUGAAGCCCGAGCCCCAGGCCUGCGCCAACAACAUCGCCAUCAAGAACGAGCCCUGCGGCGCCCGCUUCGGCACGGCCAUCGCCGCCAUCCCAGACCUCAACCUGGACGGCUGGGCGGACGUGGUGAUCGGCUCGCCGCUGGAGAACGACCACAGAGGGGCGGUGUACAUCUACCAUGGCAACAAGCAGAAGACUCUCAAAGAGAAGUAUGUGCAGCGCAUCGCUGCUGGAGGGGAUGGUAAAAAAGUGAAGUUUUUUGGUCAGUCCAUCCACGGAAUCAUGGAUUUGAAUGACGAUGGCAUCAUUGACGUCACCAUCGGAGGUCUGGGUGGAGCAUCUCUUUACUGGUCUCGAGAUGUCGCCGAGCUCCACGCCAACAUGACCUUCAACCCGAGAAAGAUCAACCUCCAGCAGCCAUCUUGUGAGGAGCCUGACAAAAAUGCUUGUGUGAAGAUCAAAACCUGCUUCUCCUACAAGGUCAAAUCUGACAAGGGGACGAACCUAACGACUGUGAUCCGGUAUGGGCUGCUCCUGGAUUCUCUGAGGUCUUCACCCCGAGGGAAGUUCAUCCGCACGGACCUCAAGUCGCUGCUGGUCAACAUCAACAUCAGCAUCACGGACGCCCUGUGCACUGAGCACACCUUCUACAUGUUGGACGAGCCGGACUUCAGAGACCCCAUCAUGGUUUCGCUGGACUUUGGCUUGGCUGACCCAGACAACGGCCCGGUCAUGGACGGAAACUUACCCACGUCCAUCAACAAGACGAUCCCCCUUGUCGACUGUGGAAAUGAAGACAUCUGCAUUGCAGACCUGCACCUCACCGCGACACCUAGCAGAACAAGUAUGUUCAUCAAGGCAAACCAGGAGAAAUUCAAUGUCAGCAUCUAUGUUAAGAACAGCAAGGACCAUGCAUACAACACUAAAGUGAGCUUGAGCUACUCAGAAAACAUCAACUAUGUCAAAGUGGAGUCUAUCAGUGGGGUUAACAGGAACACCGUGUGUCAACCCAACAACACUAGAGUGGUCUGUGCUGUGGGCUAUCCGUUCCUCAAGGCAAACACAGAGGAGGCGUUCCGCAUCCAUUUCGAGGUGAAUCCUGCUCACGUGCGGAAGGACAUUUCAAUCCAUGUGGUGGCAACGACUGACAGUGAGGAGUCUGAAUCAACUCUCCAUGACAACCAGGUGCACAUCACCCUCCCUGUGGUCUACGAGGCGAGACUCAAGUUCACUGCAACUAAGUACAUGAAAGAGGAAAACAUUGUCAUAAAGGAGGGAGAGACUUUUCCCAGCGUAUUCAACCACACCAGUGCGAUUGGUGACGAGAUGAAAGUUAGCUACACGAUUGAAAAGGAGGCGAAUGUGGAGAUUCCUGACCUCAGGCUCACAGUGAAGUAUCCACAGACAUCGCCCUACAAGAACAUGCUCCUCUACCUCACCCAUGUCUCGUCGUCUGAGGGUGUGAACUGCCGUACAGACAACCUCAUAAACCCUUUACAAAUCCACCCCGAAAGUCCUCACAAACCAACCCCCAAAAAAGAGAGCCUGAGCCAGUACCUAGUGAGCUGUUCACAGCUUGAGUGCCGGUCCUUCAGCUGCUACCUGCCCUCUGCUAACAUCAAUCAGGUCAACAUCACCCUGAGACUGUGGAAGCCCACCUUUGUCAGAGCGGAAUAUUCAACCGUGUCCAUGACAGUCCACGGCGAGUUGAAGAACCUGAACACAGAGCUCUUUGUUUUGAGUAAGAACAACGACGCCAGACUCGUCAAAGUGCAGGUGACUAAAACGUCCCUGAGUGGAAUCCCACUGUGGAUCAUCAUCCUCAGCAUUCUCAUAGGGCUGCUCCUGCUAGCACUGGUCAUCUUCGCUUUAUGGAAGUUUGGAUUCUUCAGGAGAAAAUCCAUGGAGGAGAUGAAAGAGGAGAUGAGGGAUGAUUGAGAGCCUCAGACCGACCCCACAUACACAGCAGAUCAUUCCACCCUCGAGCCUCCACGCUGUGCCAAGUAUCUGCUGUCCACCAGGGACCCCUGUGGUCCUCCUACGCCACCUGAACCCCACACGGAGCGGCCCUUAUUCCAACGCCAGAGUCUCACCUUCGGAGGGGAGCAUUCAGUAAUGCUCUCGCAGCACCAUGGACAAUGUAAUGUUCAAAUACUCAGCCAACUCAUAAAAGGGGACAAUGCCUGUUAUGGGACUUCAUGUUGGAACCCUGAAUCGGAGAUGUGGUCUGCAGGUCCCACUGUGUCUUUGUAUAUAUGCCAUGUGUUCCUGUCACUGUUUGACACGUUCGAUCAGAUUGUAAUAUGCGGAGUACAGUCUGAGGAGGCUUUCCCAACUUUUCACGAGCUUUUCACCGAACGAGUGCGAUUGUGCUUGUUGACCGCGUGAAAGCUACACUCUCACGUCCAAUGAUGCAAGGGCACACGAGCACACCUCACCAGCCCGCCCUGAGGUUCAUCAGGGCCCCUGAACUCUGCGUCUCCACGGCAGAGGACCAUCAUCCAUCAUACGGCAUCAAAGAACCUCAGGUUGUAACCCACGGCAGCACUGAUCUUUCCGCGUGACCCACGGCCACGUCCCUCUACACCAGACAACCUCCUGCGGGGGCCUGGCCCGGGUUCAAGGCCCACUGCAGACCUAGCUUCUUUUUUUUUCUUUUCUAACUUGAAACACUGUAUGUUGGUUCUGUGUCAAAUAUUGAACAUAGUUGUGCUCAUUUUUUUGGUGGCUGAGUCUGAGUUUUUCGGGGUUUUUUUUUUAGUCAUGCUUAUCCGUUUUUGGGCUCAUUCCCUCUCAGCUUUGAAGCUAAUGUUUUGGAUAAGACACUGAUCUGUUUCACAUGCAUUAUACCCUCAUCUGACUUUGAAAUUGAUUGUACUGUUAUUGUAAGUAUUUGUAAAGGUUAAACUGUACAUAGUCUGUGGGUUUUAUGUGCAAAGUGCAUCAUUUAAGAAGUUGAUUCUCAAAUGACUGAAAGACAGAAUUGGUAAUGACCCAUAACUUGCUACUCAGGUGAUGUAGUUAGUGCUAACUGUAAUGUGUCAGGUAAGCAUAUAAAUUGAGAAAUAGGUCUGCAAAAUAUGUAAAUACUGAAUUUAUGACUUACAUACGUACUGAAAUAUUGACCCAAUAAGCCCAUGUUUGUUUCCAUGUGAGACUUAUUAUUGUUGGUGAAAUGGACAGAUAUAUUUAUUCACCAAUAUUUUUAUUUUUGCUCUUUUUUUUUGCAUUUUUCCCCUUAAAUCGUCGGUGUUAAUUCUUCUUAAAGAUGAGAAACAUUGCUCAGAUAACCAGAUGACUGUCAAGUUGGCACUUCUGUGUGUAUUAAGUUUGCAGACAAUUAUCCAAAGUGACUUACAGUUCAGGUGUAUCAGUGCGUAUGCUUGGAUUCUCUCAGACUUCAACUUAUGACCUUGGUGUUCAUCUUUCACUUAUGGUAUCUCCAUAAUAACAUGUAGCAUGUUACCGUACCUGUUUCAAAAUCAGUCAACAAUAGGUUGAUUAUAGGUAUAUAAUAAGGUCAAAGGUCAAAAGUUGAUUGACAAUAGACCCAGACAGUACAGAACAAUGACAAUCAAACACAGCUAUUAUUCCUGCAUUUUUUGUCCACACUUUUUGAGUAAUUUGCACAGAAAAUCCUUAUUCGCCACUCAAUUGUAUUGUAUGUAAUUCUACAUCCAUGAUCAUUCACAUUUCACUGGUUUCAUCACACAAAGAGGUUUUUAAUAUGUAAACAAUGAUCUCGGGUCUCACUUGAGCUCCUUACCUUAAUAACUCACUGCUUUUUGUAACUACAAAAGAUUGUAGCCAUUAGUUCACAGUUGGAAAGUAGCCCAGCCUUAACAGUGUGCAAGUAGUCUGUUCAGCCUAACAGUACGCAUAAGUUUGUACUAAAUGUCUCAAUUUGUCAGUUGUUUGGUGCUAGUCCUUCCAAUUACCCUUUCAGCUACAAGACAACCAUAGAAACCAUUGCUGGUCUCUCUACGAACCCCUAGAAAAGCAUUGGCUAAUGUAUUAUGGACUUUGCAAUGCAUACUAGUCCAUUUCCUACAUUUUCCUAAAAUUGCGUACCCCAUUUGGCAAAAAAAAAAAAAAGAGAAACGUUGGUAUUUUGUAUUGUAUAUUCACAUUGUAUGUUUUCUAAGUUUGAUUACAUCUGAGCCAAAAAAACAUCAACCGUAGUAAAAGAUUUUCCAUGUUAAGUGUAUUCCAAUGUUGAGAGAAUAUUGCAGACACAAUGUAAAGUCAAACGUCUCCCUGUCAGACUUCAGACCUGCGCUCAGAGAGACUACAGAUAGGCAGCGAUGGGGGGGAUGUACCAGUCAUGGGCACUGCUGUGAAACUUCUAUGUAAUGCACUGGUUCAGCAUACUGUAUGUUUACUCCUCAGCACGGACCGAAGCAAAGAAAUAAAUGUCAUUGCACAUGCUUUGAAGAGAAUUAUGAAUGCAGAGAAAUAAAAAAUAUUUUUUUUUGUA